AUGGCCAUAAGGAAAUCCAAUAAGCUACCCCAAGCAGAAGUGAUCAAGCAAAUAGUGAGAAGAUGCUCAAGCUUUGGCAAGAAACAGAGCUACAAUGAAGAGGGUCUUCCAGAAGAUGUGCCAAAAGGGCACUUUGCGGUGUAUGUUGGUGAAAACAGGACAAGAUAUAUCGUCCCAAUUUCAUGGUUGGCUCAUCCACAGUUUCAAACUCUUCUCCAAAGAGCAGAGGAGGAGUUUGGCUUCAAUCAUGACAUGGGCCUCACCAUCCCAUGUGAUGAAGUUGUUUUUGAGUUUCUUACAUCGAUGAUUAGAUGA